AUGGCCGGGUGCCCAAGAUUAUUACUUGCCCCAAUGAGCAUCCCCACUCCCGCCCCACAGAUGGUUGCGCUUUCGAUGGCCGACGGAUAUGCUCGUCUGUCCAACAAGCCGCAAUGUGUGAUUAUCCAUACCGACGUCGGCACUCAAGCUUUGGCUGCAGCCGUGCACAAUGCUUCAUGUGGACGGGCUCCUGUGCUCAUCUUUGCCGGGAUCUCUCCAAUCACCAUGGAAGGGGAAAUGCGAGGCUCACGUACCGAGUACAUUCAUUGGAUUCAAGAUGUGCCGGACCAAAAGCAGAUUGUCGCUCAAUAUUGCCGAUAUGCGGCGGAAAUAAAGACCGGCAAAAAUAUCAAGCAGAUGGUUAACCGUGCGCUUCAGUUCGCCACCAGCGACCCGACAGGUCCGGCUUACCUUGUCGCUUGUAGAGAAGUGCUAGAGGAGGAAAUUGAGCCUUACAACAUUGAACAGAAGCAUUGGAAUGGUGUUCGCCCUGCUGCUCUUCCACAAGAGGCUAUUGAACUAAUUGCUACCGAAUUGGUGUCUGCCAAAGAGCCGCUGAUCAUUGUGGGAUACACCGGUCGUUACGAGAAGGCUGUUACGGAACUCGUCAAGUUGGCUGAUACUAUCAAAGGCGUACGGGUUCUCGAGACUGGUGGGAGCGAUAUGUGCUUCCCUGCUAACCAUCCAAGUGCUCUCGGAAUGCGCCAUGGCGUGCACGAUGCGAUUAAAACCGCAGAUGUCAUCCUGGUGGCCGACUGUGAUGUCCCGUGGAUCCCUACUCAAUGCAAGCCAUCUCCAACUGCAAAAAUUUUUCAUAUCGACGUCGAUCCCUUGAAGCAACAAAUGCCUCUGUUCUACAUCCCGGCUCUGGCAACCUAUCGUGCUAAUUCUAGCACCGCAUUCACCCAGUUGAAUAAAUAUUUAUCUGGAAACAAGCAGCUUACCGAGAAAUUGUUAGCUAACGAGUACAUACAGCGGCGAAAUGUCAUCGAAGCAUCCCAUAGAAAACGUUUGGAAUCCCUCGCAGAGCAAGCCGUUACACCUCAAGGAAUCAACGCCCCGUUGAACCCAGCAUUUCUCUUUUCGCAAGCUCGCCAGGCCUGUCCUCCAGAUACCAUCUGGGCUAUGGAGGCAGUUACCCUCGCUGGACUCGCUUCCGACCACAUCCAAGCUUCAUUGCCCAAGUCUUGGAUCAACUGCGGAGGUGGAGGUCUUGGUUGGUCUGGCGGUGGUGCCCUCGGUAUCAAGCUCGCCACCGAUGACCACCAUGGCGGCAAGGGCAAAUUUGUGUGCCACAUUGUUGGAGACGGUACCUUUUUGUUUACCGUACCUGGAUCUGUGUAUUGGAUUGCACGUCGCUAUAAGAUCCCGGUUUUGACUAUUGUUUUGAACAACAAUGGCUGGAAUGCACCGCGCCAUAGUUUGCUGCUUGUGCAUCCCAAUGAUUAUGGUUCUCGUGUGACAAAUGAAGAACUGAACAUUUCGUUUACCCCAAGCCCUGACUACGCUGGAAUUGCCAAGGCAGCGGCUGGAGGUGAACUGUGGACGGGCCGCGCUGGAACGGUCGAGGAGCUGGCUAAGCUUUUGCCGGAAGCCGUUGAGAGUGUUUUGAACGGCAAGGGUGCUGUUCUGGAGGCACAGCUUUAUGGCAAAGACGGAAAAUAUACUGGCAACUAG